GAUGAAUGCGCAGAUCGAAAUAAAGAUAAAUGUGAAAACACGGAAGGUUGUGUGAAUACUGUCGGAGCGUAUAAGUGUGUAUGCAUGCCUGGAUAUAGCCGAAAAAGCGAAAAUGCAUCUUGUGAAAAAGUUGAUGGUCCCAAAUAUGUUGGCUCAAUGACAUUUACUGUACUUGUCAAAGACAUCGACAUCAACAAAACCAACAAGGAAAUAAACAUGCAAGAAAAUAGAGAAACAUUUCGCGAAGUGCUUGAUGCUGGAUUCAAAGGAGCUACAGGUUAUCAAAGCGUUGAAGUGAUUAAACUUUCAGUCACUUUGGAUAAAAGCACUUACCGUGUAAGGAGAGACGACGCUUAUAAGUUACUAGCAGAUUACAUUGUCCACUGGGAAAAACACUUAGACAGUGACGCUUUAACUACAUCUUUAUCAAAAUCAUACCAAAAUUACACACGAUACAAUAAAAAAAAUAUAGAUAUCGGCACGAUUCAAAUACAAACGCUCGGAGCAGCACCUUACAUCAACAAUUUGAAUGAAAGCGGACUUUGUUCUGUGCCUGAUGAAACUAACUGCGAUUUGAAAUCUACAGAAUGCAGCGAUAUUGAUGGUAACUUUAAAUGUCUCUGUAAAGAUGGAUACACUCCCAAUACGUUCAGCAAGACGUUUUGCGACGACAUAAAUGAAUGCACUGACACAUCAUUAUGUUCCGGUCGUGGGACGUGUAAAAAUAUCUUUGGUGGAUACGACUGUGACUGUGAUUUGGGAUAUGUUCAAAAUAAAAUGGAUCCGUUUGAUGUCACAUGUGAAGAUUUUAAUGAGUGUAAUUCAACUACACAUACAUGUCAUGGAGGCAAUUGUCAAAACACUGACGGUGGAUGGAAUUGCACUUGCAACAGAACGGGCUUUAUACGAAAGGAAUUAUCAACUACCGCAAUAUUUUGCGAAGAUAUAGACGAAUGUACAAAUACAAGCUAUUACUGCGGGGGAGGAGAAUGCAGUAAUUUCGUAGGGAGUUGGAGUUGUGAUUGUCCGUACGGGUAUUCACAAAACUGGACUUCAGUAAAUAAUAUUACAUGUGCAGAUGUAGAUGAAUGCAUCAUCAAUAAAACAGAAGUCAGUAAUUCAUGCAUCAAAGGUAUUUGUAAAAACAUACCAGGGAAUUGGAAAUGUAAUUGUAACGACAGUGUAUACAGUACCCUCAAGCGUCUUGAAAAUGGAACAUACAGGUGUCUCGGAGACUUUAGAUAUAUAGGACAUGCGAGACUUGUGUGGUUAUCAAAAUCAAAAGUUGUCAAAUCCAAAGUAGAGGAUUUCUUUAAUACUACGAUUUCAGAUUUGUUUUCAAAGUCAAAAGAAUUUCCUUUUGACUUAAAUAAUGAGUCUUUCUCCAUGUCAGAUGUUUUCCGAAGUUUAUCGGUCCAUAAUGUGAGCAUUAGUUCAGAAAUUGCUGUGAAUGUUACCUAUAUUCUUCAAAUUGGAGAGCCAUUAAUAUCACAUGAGAUUGCAGAUUUAAAGAGAAUUAUCUUCAGUGAUGAUAUAUCUACUAUCAAAGCUAACGAUGGCCGGGAUACUGUAUUGUUCGAUACUCUGUCGAUAUAUAAUGAUUCAGAAUGCAGUAUAUGUGAUAUAGAGGGACAGACAGGGUGCGACUUAAAUACAACAAUAUGCGAUGGUCAUGAUAAUGGAACUUACAGUUGCGUCUGUAAAACAGGCUACAAUUAUACAAACGAUUCUUUUAAAUGUCAAGAUAUCGAUGAAUGUAAAGAACCAGCUAACUAUUCUUACCAAUGCCACAAUGGAGGGAACUGCGAAAACCUCGUUGGUAACUGGACGUGCAAAUGUCCAUUUGGGUUUGAGUCAAAAUUUCUUGACAUGAAUAAUAUCAGCUGCACUGAUAUUGAUGAGUGUAGUGAUAAUAACACAUAUCGCUGCACUGGGCCUGAUAACUCAACAACCUGCAGCAAUACAUAUGGUGGGUGGCAGUGUGAAUGCAGAGACGGGUAUACCGCGAAAAACAACUCAUACGAUGACAGAGUUUGUGAAGAUAUUAAUGAAUGUAAACAACCAUUUAACAACACUUACCACUGCCACAACGAAGGGAGCUGCGAAAACGGCGUUGGUAACUGGACGUGCAAAUGUCCAAUUGGGUUUGAAUCAGAACUACUGGACACGUUUAAUUUCAACUGCACUGAUAUCAAUGAGUGUAGUCAAAGCGACAUAUAUCAUUGCACGGGACCUGAUCAUUCAGUUAAAUGUAGCAAUACAUACGGUGGAUGGCAAUGUGGAUGCAAUGUCGGGUAUACCGCGAGAAAUAACACAGACUUUGACAGAGUUUGCGAAGAUAUCAACGAGUGCGAUGAUACUAGGUCUUGCGUUAAUGGAGAUUGCAUAAACAGAAACGGGACAUUUGAUUGUGCAUGUCAUGCUGGUUACACUAAUGAAUCUGCUGAUGAAGGAGCAUUGAAUAUAAACUGCACAGAUAUAAAUGAGUGUGAAACAAACAAAGCCGAAAUCAACAACUGGUGUAUAAGGGGUUCCUGCGUAAAUACACCUGGAGACUGGACGUGUAACUGCAAUGACACAAACUAUAGUACCUUCAGAGACCUAGGAGAUCACAAAUUCAGAUGCCUUGGUGAUUUCCAGUAUGUUGGAGAGGUUACACUGCAAUGGGUGCCAUAUGCUAAUAAAACAAAACAGAAUAUAGAAGUAUUCUUCAGAGACACGAUUUCAAAGGAUUUUGCUCAGUCGAAUGCUACGCUCAGAUUACCAUAUAAUAAAAGCCUACCAGUGUCAAAUAUAUUCAAGUCCCUAGAAGUAUUGAGAGUAAAGAAUAUACCCGCACGUAAUGUGUUAAAUGUUUCAUACAUAAUUCACAUUGGAGAAGCGGUGACAUCUGAAAAUAUUGCAGAAACGCAACAUAUAAUCUUCAACAAUUCGAAAACGCAUCAUUCUGGAGGAGAUUUUAUUUCUAUACAGUUUUCUGAUGUUCAUAAUGACACCGAAUAUAAUCUGUGCGAUAUCGAAGGAAAAACGAAGUGUGAUUUGCAGUCAACAGACUGUAUAGUUGGAAAUGGAAGUUACAGUUGCAGUUGUAAGACAGGUUACGAGGAAACAGCGGAUCCAUUUCAUUGUAAAGAUGUAAAUGAAUGUUCGACCGGUUUAUAUAACUGCACUUCUGGAGAGCACUGUCAGAAUACUCAGGGAAACUGGACAUGUAACUGUUCAACUGGAUAUGAAGCAAUAUUCAAGGACCACUUCAACAUAGUAUGCCAAAAUAUAAACGAAUGCGAGAAAAAUGAGACAUACAUUUGCAACGACGGAACCUGUGUCGACAAUGCAGGAGGAUGGACCUGCUCAUGUCCGCUUGGAUUUCGUGCUGAAUCAAUCAAACGUGACUUCAUAUAUAGUUGUAAAGAUGUCAAUGAAUGUUUGACCAAUUUGCAUAAUUGCUCAAAUGGAGGGACCUGUCGUAAUACUCAUGGAAACUGGACAUGUGACUGUCCAACUGGAUAUGAAGCAGUUUUCAUGAACAAUGAGCAGAUAGAAUGCCAAAACAUAAAUGAGUGUGAGAAACCAGAUCAGUUUACCUGUACUGGACCAAAAAAUUCGUCUACUUGUUACGACAUACCUGGUGCAUGGCAAUGUAACUGCAGCGAAGGAUUCAAACCUAAAAAUAUUUCAUCAAAUAUAAGAACAUGUGAAGACAUAAAUGAAUGCCAUGACGAAAGCUCUUGUGUGAAAGGAGAAUGUAUCAAUACUGAAGGAAGCUUUUUAUGUCAGUGUGAUCCAGGAUACACGAUUGUUUCUGAAGCCGGACAUUCAGCUUGCAUAGAUAUUGAUGAGUGUACUGUUAAUAAAAAUCCCUGUCUUGAGGCGCUUGGCUGUGAAAACACUGAAGGCGAUUGGACAUGUUUAUGCUCAAAGGGACUUGAUGUCCGAAUUGUCAAUGAAAGCAGCAAAAUAUGUGGAGGUCAGUAUCAGUAUGUGUCUUCAAUGAGUUUUACAGUUGUUGGAAAUGUAGUUGAUGUUGCUAAAGUUCAAGCAGCCCUACAGAAACAGAUACAAGAAAUGUAUAUGCAGACAUUGAAUGACGAUUCCGUUUGGAUAGAAAUAAUAAAGAUACAUGGUCUUCAAGGUGCAGAAAGACGAAAACGCGCACCUACUCGUGAUAUUUCUGCAGAAUACAUAAUACAUACUGCAGAAAAAAAGAACGAGACUGAACUGCAAGAAGUUGAGAAAGUAUACAAGGAACAAAAAUGUGGCAACGGAACAAAUAACUGCCAGGCUGAAGACAUAGGUGGAGUCAGUAUGGUAUUUAAUUCGGUGCUUGUAUUAAAUGACUCUGCAAUAUGCAAUACCACAAGAAACCAUUGCAAUGAAAAAUUAUCUACGUGCUCCAGUGACGAAGGGAAGCUAGAAUGCCUUUGUAAUAAAGGCUACGAGAAGAAGAACACAAACUCUUUACAAUGUUUUGAUAAAGAUGAAUGUCUAAGUGCAGACGUAUGUCCAAAAGGAGAGAAGUGUAAGAAUACUGUAGGUUCUUGGGAUUGCUCGUGUCAAAAAGGACUGAAGGCAAUCGAAACUGAGACUGGCAAAAAAGAAUGUAUAGACCCGUGUAUAAAAUCAAAUAUGAAGUGCUUUAUUUCAUCAUCGUGUACGCCUUUUGACAACGAGGAUGGCUAUAUCUGCGGAUGCGAAAAGGGCCGCAAGGGAAAGUACUGUCAGGAAAUUGACCAUGACUUCAAAGAAUCAAAGCAGCAGACAACUUUAAUUGCUGUGGGAAGCAGUCUGGGUGGAUUGGUAUUAAUACUUACUGCUGUUGUCCUUGCCGUUUGUCGAUCGCGAACAGGGAAGAUAAAAGAAGCAGAAAAGAUCUCCAUGAGGCAUAUGGACACAAAUGGUUUUAAAAGUUUUGACGAUUCGUAUCUUACUAACCAGUACAUGAGAGAUAGGGAUGAUGGAGUUGGAUCUUUCUAUAGUCAUAGGCUAUCAAACAUAUCUUUGCCGUAUGCACAAGAAAAUUAUGAAAACCGCAAUGAUUACCUUCGUAAACCUCAUAGACUACCGAGGCCUAGCUUUCACGGCUCUAUGCCAAACCUGGCGAAUGAUGAUGCACAUUUUAAUCGCUUUGACAACCGACGAUAUUCGGUUGAAGAGCCAAGAAGGGUUUCAAGUUACAACCGAGAUUUGGACUCAAAUUACGAUAUGGACUGGAGAGCUCCGAGAAACAGUAUGAAUGGUCGAAGAUCUCCAUCCCCCGAUUACAGAAGGCCAAUGUCACCGAGGCCGGAUUAUCAUCGAAGAGAAAAACUGAAUAGAUCUAAGGACAGCGGAGUGGGUAAUGGUUAUAGUAGUGGUAGUAACGAAUACCGACGACCGGAGAAGAGGAGAGAAUACUACUAUGGUAACAGACGGAGUACAAACUUCUAGAGACAAACAUUGAGAUGUUGUGCUUUCAAAUGAUAUAGAUGAAAAUUGAUGUAUUUCAUAACAUGCUCAAGGAAACAAGAGGAUAUAUGGUAACAGUUUUGUACGAUGAAAACGAAAAACUAAAUACAUGAUGAUGAUGCAUUAGAGAUUUUUGCAGGAUGUAAAAGUGAUAAAUGCAAUGAAUCAACAGAAUAUUUCCUAAAAAUUAAAAUCUUUACACUGCUGUCUUGCAAGUGACAAAUAGUCUGCUUUUAGUAUAAUAGUGUAAAGACAUUAUUUUUGCAAUGGAUCAGUAUAAGCAUUGCGCAAAAUAUUUUGUAAUUAAUGUUUCUAUGUGCUAUGGGUUUAUACAACAAAGCAAUAUAAAUUGUUUAUAAACGAAUGUAUGGUGUUGCAACACAAUCACGUUGUAUGAGUUUUAAUUUUAGCUUGGUUUGUUCUGAUAUAAUUAGUAUGUAAUGUCAUAGUUCUUCAAACCAUUUUACAUUCAAGUUUAGCCGUGGUAUGGCACACACUAGAUACUAUUUAAUAUAAAAAUGUACAAAUUGCAUCAUAUUUUGCAUAUCUCACAAUGUAUUAAUACACAGCCUUUUAUGCUUUUCAAGCUACAUUUUUGUAGAUAUAACGUUCUCUAAAUGAACACGUGUUCGUUUAUUAUGAUACAAAUUGCGUUGCAAAAGAUGGUUUCAGAACAAUUCAUUGAUCAUGAUGUACUGCAGUGAAUGCAAUCAAUACACUGUGUUUGAAUGUAGAUAGUUUUUAGAUGUUAAUUGCUUGUAUUUGUGGACAUUUUAUCAGAGUACAGGGUAACACAAAAAAGACACCAAGGUUUAAAUGUCUACAUAUAAAAGCAAACUUUCUUAUUUGAACAAUUUCUUAGAAAGUCUUCCUUCAGUAGCAAAAACAGAAAGGUGCUAUUUUAUUUUAUAGAAUUGUAUGUUUGGUGUAUUUGCGUCAUUUUUGUGUCAUAUUUUAUGGGCAUUUGUGCUUCAAACUUAUCCCCCAUACACACACAUAAAUAUAAAUGUUUUGUCAUGUUCAUUAAAAAAUGUUUCAUUAAGUUAAUUGUAAUUGUGAAUUUUUGUGCAUUUAUCGUGUUAGCUUAGUAUCGUGUGUUUCUAUAUAUAAGCCUAAGAUAACUAUAGUAUAAUGAUCUUGUUAAGUUACGGUUCCGUCUGCAAACACAAAACUAAACAGAUAUGUCUGCAGACACAAGUUGUGUACAUAGAUUGAGGGUUACAGUAACAAAUACGACACAACACAAACACACACGAUGUUUUUGCUUUUAUUUUUAAUGAAAUAAAUAAAAUGAGGAAGCGUUGCUUAAUGAAAUAGUUAUAACAAUCGGGAUCAUUAUUAGUGAUAGUUAAUUCAAGGUGACACGCCAUAGCGGAAUGUCUCUAUUAAAGAAAGAUCACACCAUUAUUGUAUGUAAGGCCUAUAACAUUAUUGUAUAUAUAGCCUAUUACAUUAUUGUAUAUAAAGCCUAUUACAUUAUUGUACGUAUACCCUAUUAUCUUAUUAGUUCACCUGAGCACGAAGUGCUCCGAAGUGAGCUUUUGUGAUCGCCCUGUGUCCGUCGUCCGUCGUCGUCCGUCCGUCCGUCGUCGUCAACAAUUUGACUGUUAACACUAUAGAGGUCACAAUUUUGGCCCAAUCUUAAUAAAACUUGGUCAGAAUGAAUCUUGGACGAGUUCGAUAUUGGGUUAUCUGAGGUUAAAAUCUAGGUCACCAGGUCAAAUCAAAGGAAAAGCUUGUUAACACUCUAGAAGCCACAUUAAUGACUGUAUCUUCAUGAUACUUGGUCAGAAUGUUAACCUUGAUAAUCUAUAGUAAAGUUCAAAUCUGGGUCAGGUGGGGUCAAAAACUAGGUCACCAGGUCAUAUCAGAGGAAAAGCUAGUAAACACACUAGAGGCCACAUUUAUGACCGUAUCCUAAUGAAUCUUGGUCAAAUUAUUAAUCUUGAUGAUCUGUAGGUUAUGUUCAAAUCUUGGUCAGAUGGGGUCAAAAACUAGGUCAACAUGUCAAAUCAAAUGUAAAGCUUUUUAACACUCUAGAGGUCACAUUUAUGAUUAUAUCUUAACAAAACUUGGUCAGAAUAUUAUUCUUGAUUAUUUUAGGUCAAGUUUUAAUCUGGAUCAGGUGGGAUCAAAAACUAGGUCACUAUGGCAAAUUAAAGGAAAAGCUAGUUAACAGUCUAGAGGCCACAUCCAAGACCAUAUCUUAAUGAAACUUGGUCAGAAUGUUAAUCUUGAUGAUCUGUAGGUCAAGUUUUAAUCUGAGUUAGGUGGGGGUCAAAAACUAGGUCACAAGGUCAAAUCAAAUGUAAAGCUUGUUAACACUCCAGAGGACACAUUUAUUUUAAUAUCUGUAUGAAACUUAUGUUUAAAUCUGGAUCAGGUGGGAUUAAAAGCUAGGUCACCAGGUCAAAUCAAAGGAAAAGCUAGUUUACACCGUAGAGGCCACAUUUAUGACCAUACCAUAAUGAAAUUUGGUCAGAAUAUAAUCUUGAUGAUCUUUAGGUCAUGUUCAAAUCUGAGUCAGGUGGGUCAAAAGCUAGGUCACCAGGUCAAAUCAGAGGAAAAGCUUGCUUACACUCCAGAGGCCACAUUUAUGACCAUACCAUAAUGAAAUUUGGUCAGAAUAUAAUCUUGAUGUUUUUUAGAUCAUGUUCAAAUCUGGGUCAGGUGGGUA